GCCAGCAGUGGCUACGGCGAUGGCAGAGGGAAAACCCUAUCGGUAUGGACUGAUAGCUACAGGGCUGUGUGUGGUGGCAGUCGGCCUUUUCAUCAUGACACAAGAGCGGCCCCACAUUUAUGCCACAAUGUGCGUUCUGGGUGUCGCCAUGGUGUGUGUCGGGUCUGUGUGGAGCCUCUGCCAGUGCUACCCCAAGGUCAUUUUGGCUCCUCAGGAGAAAUGUCUAGAGGAUCUAGUGUGUACAGCAGCCGAAGCAAAUGAUGAGAGGCAUGCUGAUGCUCUGCCAGUUUUGAACAGCCAAAAACCGAGGAGCAGCAGGCUUCUUCCCGAAACUCUGAAGAGCCAGUGUCACAGCUGCCCCACGCUGCAUCUGGUCUGACAGAGGGACACCACCUGAAACACUCGAUGUUUGAUGCAUUUUUAUAAUCCUUGACUGAGUGACAACAUCGCUCACACAUGGUGAAGUUUGAAUUAUUACAACCAAAGGAACUGACUGAUUGUGUAUUAACAGGUUUGAAUCACAAUGUGUCAUUGUGAGUGCUUAAAGAUUCCUUUAACAUGUUAAAAUAUAUAAAAAUACUUUGUGUUUUAUAUGGUAU